UCCCUCCAAUGCUCAAAAACUCAAAACCAUUUGAUGUGAGAACGCGCCUUACAGAGACGCUUGAUCGACAACAGUCAGUGACGUUUCCAGUCGUACACGUGCGCAGAAGUUAAUUAAUGGAUUAAACGUGACGAAAAGGUGGAAGACCGAACGUUGUAAUGUCCCGCGAAGGGGAAUCAAUUUUUCGAAGAAAGUCGAGAUCGUAGACGAUAAAGAAAAUGAGCGCUGGAGAACAUAAGGGUUGCGAGGUGGAAGAUAUCGAGAACUCGGAUGAAAGCGAUAGACCCUCCGGGGAAAGAUGGGCACCAGUUGGGGCGAACGACGGUGACAAUGAUUUUGCCGACGAAUAUAAAUAUGUAGAUAAUAUGGAGAACUUGUCAUAUGACAUGGAGAGGCUCAAGGUGCUCGAAGAGGAGCAAGAAAUGCUUAACUCAUCCCUCAUAGCACUGACUACUCACUUUGCCCAGGUUCAAUUUCGUUUACGACAAAUUGUGGAUGCACCAGCAAAUGAAAAGGAAGCAUUGCUCAAAGAAUUAGAAGAGUUUGCAUUUAGGGGAAUACCUGAUGUUCCAAAUAACUUGUCAUUUGAUAGUAGAUCAAUUACUCCAACUUCUCCAGUGUCCUGCAAGCAAAGUAUAUCUGGAGUAAUUAAUGAUGUUGAUGUUGAGUCUAAAAUGGCUUUGCAAAGAACAAAGCAAAAGGAACUUAUAUGUCAGUUGAAAUCUCAGUUGGAAGAUCUAGAGAAGUAUGCCUAUGAGACUGGUGAGGCAGAAUUACCACAGAGUAUGAUAUUAGAACGACAGAAUAUCAUUAUCAAUCAUUUAAAAGAAAAAUUGAAUUUCAAUGUCGAUGAUCUUUGCAAACUACCAAUCGAUGAUUUAAGAUGGCAAGUAGAUUAUGCUAUAAGUCAGAUUGUUAGUCCCCUGAAAAUGAAAGAGCAACUAGUAACUCAAUUGAAAACACAAAUUACAGAUUUAGAGCGUUUUAUAAGUUACCUUCACGGAGAAGUAAGUACAGAGACCCUAGCUUGCACUUGUGCUUGUCCUGUACAUACUAGUGGAUCUGCCACUUCUUCUUCGUAUACUAAGAAUGCAUUUAACAAAAAACCACUAGAAGAGGAAAGUAAAGCUAAAACUCUUAACACCGUAAAGAAGGUGGUGGCUCUGUUGCAUAUGUUCCUAGUGUCUCAAUUAGGAUGCGGUAGUGAAAGGGUGCGAAGGAACUUCAAGAAAAAUUCAUUAUACAGUUGGCGCGAUUUAAGAACCAGAUUAGAUAUAGCUGUUGAACAUGUCAUAGAGACCAUCGCUGACACUGAACGUCAUCCAGACGACGAUGAUGUCAUUAACGAAAACGAUUAUGCCUCGGAUUCAGAUUCCACGUCUCAUUGUAAUGCAAGAGUAACGUCUGCCGUAAGGAAGCAUCUUGCAACCUCCAUACGUGACUUAAUACAACACGGUUUAAUGUCUGAUGUGCGUUCCAAUAGUGUCGUACCGUUCGUGGGAUGUUUUCCUCAAAGACAUUCCUCUACUACUAAUUUAAUGCAUGCAUGGGAACUAGUAUUGAAAUAUUAUGAAAUUAAAAAUGGUCACCGUUAUAAUUGUAGUCCAGCACAGAAAUUAUCUCAAAGCUUUAAUCUAGAUCUGGCAGGAAGAGUCAUCUCUUCUAAACAGAGUCUAUUAACAACAAUCGGGAAUAUUAUUGCUUCACACAGUCCAUAUAAAAGAAGUUAUGAUUCUCAUUUUAAAGCAUUCAUAUGCGCAUCCCUGAACGCUAAAAAACUUGUGGCUUGGUUGAAACUUAUCUUGCAAUGCCAGUAUCUUCUUGAGAAUCACUAUGCAUCGUGGAGUUACGUUGUGAAAACAGGUUUUCAAGAUGCAUUCCAUACUCUCGACCGUCUUACAAGCUAUAAAUUUGAUUUACCAGUGGACUUGGCGGUAAGGCAGUUCCAGAACAUAAAAGAUGCAUUUUGAUUGCAGUGCAAGUCGGUGUUUGUACUUAUACAAGUAUGAGGUAGUCACUUUUAGAGAGCAAAGUA